GGCGGCGCUGUAAAAAAGCCAAGUGUUCGCUCUUGGAGGGGUUUACGACACGGCCGCCCCGCGACAGCGACUCCUUUCACGCAGGAGCCGUAAAGCGACCUUCCUUCCACCGCGUCCUAGGAGUUCUGGGCAGAGAACAAAGAGAGGAGCUUCAUUCGGCCGUCCUGAGCAUGCGUCAAGGCUUGUGGGCGGGCUCCGAGGCACAGGAAAAGGUGCGUUGAUCGGCAGGAGAGCGCGUCGCUACAGGCUCAGGCUCCUAGUGGGCACCGCAUCAGCUAGUCAGCGCGGACCACGGGAUACCGGCAGCCAAUGAGCGCAGAGGAGGCCUACCACGUGACGCCCUCAGAGGCGGCCCACCUGCGACAUCUUGACUGCGGGAGGAAGGCGUCGCCACGCCCCUCCCGAGAGGUCCAAGGCACGCCCGCUCAUGCGGCGGUGGAGGGGAGCGCUGGCCGGCUUGGCGCUGGGCUGCGCGGCCGCCUGGUUCUGGAGUGGCAGGUUCGAUUCCCGGGUGUGGCUCCUGGGGCAGGAGGAGGGCGCGGAGCUGGUGCUGAGCCUCGCCGAGCUAGGGCGUUACACCGGGGCGGAAAACAGCGCUGGACUGUACCUGGCGGUGUUGGGACAAGUCUUCGAUGUGCAGAGGGGGCGCCAGCAUUAUGGGCCUGGGGGCGCCUACAGCUUCUUCUCAGGCAAAGUGGCCGGACGAUUCUACGACGAGAAUGGAGCGGCCACCGCCCUCCUGAAGCAAGCCCAAGCCCUCAUCCAAGAGGGGCAGCAUCUCCAGGCCCAGGAGGAGGAGGAGAAGCACCAUUGGCCUCCAUGCAACGCCGAAUGGAGUGCCCGCAGUGGAAGCAGGGUUUUGUGCUCCAAGCAGAGUGGGGGCAUCUCCCAAGAGUGGACCGGCGUCCCCCGGAAACUCUACGAGCCCGGCUCCUCUCACAGCCGCUGCGUGUGCGUGAGAACAGAAGCGCCUUCUUCAGGGCCACCACAGUCCCGCCCGGACGAGAGGGGAGACCUGGACAACCCCAAUCUGCAGGAAUACGAAGGGUGCCACCCACAGGCUGACUGGUGUGCUUUGAAAGAUUACAGCCCGGCAUGAGGAUGUGCAAGUUCCUUCUCUCCUCCCCUUCCCACUCCCCCCAAAAGACAAGACGGUCACCAUCCCAUUCAGUUAACGCUACUGCUCCGUCACAUAAGCAUCUAAACACUUGCGAAAAUACCAUCACAUUUAUAGUAAAUAUGGACCCAGAA